AUGUUAGUUGAUGAGCGGGACCGACAUCUAUUGACGAUCAAUACUCACAAGGGUUUGUUCCGUUACAAGAGAAUAAAUUAUGGUAUAGCCUUAGCUCCGGCAGUGUGGCAGAGAGCCAUUGAACAAGUUUUAUCAGGCAUCGCGGGGGUAAACGUAUUUUUAGACGAUAUUACCGUAACUGGGAGAAAUGAUCAAGAGCAUUUUGAAAGGUUAGAAUUAGUACUACAGAGACUAGAAGAAUAUGGUCUCAGAGUAAAUAAGUGGAAAAGUGAAUCUUUUAAGAAAUCUGUGAAUUAUUGUGGUCAUACAAUUGAUAAAUUCGGCCUCCACAAAACACAAGAAAAACUCGAUGCAAUUACGAAGGUACCAGUUCCAAAAACUGUAUCUGAUUUGAAGAGUUUUUUGGGUUUAGUCAAUUACUACGGAAAAUUUAUUCCCAACUUAUCUACUCUUGUCGCUCCUUUCAAUAAUUUACUGCAGAAAGGUACUAAAUUUUUGUGGACUGCAGAAUGUGAAAAAGCUUUCAAGGAAUUGAAACAAGAAAUUGCUUCAGACCGAAUUUUAUGCCAUUAUGAUCCUAAGUUACCUCUUGUAUUACAAACUGAGGCAUCACCAGUUGGAAUAGGAGCAGUUUUAAGUCACAUUAUGCCAGAUGGUUCGGAAAAACCAGCCAUGUUUGCUUCAAGGUCAUUGACUAAAACGGAACGUAAUUAUUCGCAGAUAGACAAGGAAGCAUUGAGUAUCGUAUGGGGAGUAAAGAGAUUUUAUCAAUAUUUAUUUGGUCGACAUUUUGAUCUCGUAACCGAUCAUAAACCCCUAGUAUCAAUUUUCGCACCUAAUCGUAGUUUACCAUGUCUAUCUGCAACACGAAUGGUUCAUUAUGCACUUUUUCUCCAAGCAUUCAGUUAUACAAUCAAGUAUCGAAACACAAAGAAUCAUGGCAAUGCCGAUGCACUUUCACGGUUACCACUAGCAGUUGACAAGGACUGUGAGUACUUGACUGAAGCAGACGUGACAAAUAUUUCGCAAGUUGAAUUAAUGCCUGUUACAGCAACCGACAUAGCUAGAGCUACUAAAACUGAUAGGAAAUUGUUCGAACUGUAUGAAAGUUUAAAAUCUGGAACUGAAUUACCUGUGCCUUGGAAAGGUAGAGAAUCUGAAUUUUCAUUGCAAAAUGGUUGCAUAAUGUAUGGUCAUAGAGUAUGCAUUCCUGAAAAGUACCAGAAUCAAGUUUUGGAAGAACUUCAUGUUGGACAUCCUGGAAUUGUCAAAAUGAAGGCCUUAGCUAGAAGCUACUGCUAUUGGCAAGGUAUGGAUGCCAGUAUAGCCAAUUUUGUUCAGAACUGUUCAGCUUGUAUCGCAACGAGGAACGAACCAGCAAGGAUAAAUCGACAUCCGUGGGAAUGGCCAAAUGGACCUUGGCAAAGGAUACACGUUGACUACGCUGGUCCUUUUAUGGGGAAAAUUUUUUUUGUAGUCUCUGAUCCAUAUUCGAAGUGGAUAGAAGUCAUUCCGAUGAAAAAUAUUACAGCUAGUUUUACAAUUCAUCAUCUUCGUAUCCUUUUUGCUCAUUAUGGAAUUCCCUUAACUUUGGUUAGUGACAACGGCGCAAGCUUUACUAGUUACGAAUUUCGACAUUUUUUGAAACUGAAUAAUAUUAAACAUAUAACUUCAGCGCCUUACCAUCCUGCUACGAACGGACAGGCAGAAAGAAUAGUGCAGUUGUUUAAAGCUUCGUUGAAAUCGAGUAGAGGUGAUUCUGGAGAUCUAAAUGUGAAAUUACAAAGAUUUUUAUUACAGUAUAGAAUAACUCCACAUUCCCUCACGGGAGAAACUCCGAGUGCCUUGUUUUUGAAGAGAUGUAUUCGCACUAGGCUUGAUCUUUUUAAACCAAAUUUGAGAGACAAAGUUGUUCAGAAACAGAGUUCGAGACUUGACACAGAAUCUAUCUUGCGUGAGUUUCAGGAAGGGGAGAAAGUAGCCGUAAGAAAUUAUUCCGGACCUAACAAAUGGAAAAUUGGAACAAUUAUAAACCGAGAUGGAACUUUGAGUUAUAGCAUACAAGUUGGAACUGAAAUUUGGAAGAGACACGUAGAUCAAAUAAGGAAAUGUGGGAAGUCGAUUGAAUUAUCCCAAGCUGCUACUGAAAUUCCAAUUUACGAUAAAGAAUUGAAUUUUCCAGAUGAGCCAGUAUCCGAUGAUGUUGCUGAAUCGGAACCGCCUGCACCUGUACCUGAAGUUGUGCCUGAACCUAAGGAUGUACUUGUAUCUGCCACUCCAAGUGAUGAUAUGCCACCUGGCCCUGUACCAGACGCUUCCGGAAAGCCGAAAACUGAUGUGCCACUCCGACGCUCAAACCGAAUCAGGAGACCUCCAGAGAGACUGGUCCUGUGA